UUGUCCGCACCAACCCUUUCCACCUAUGCACGCAAACUACUCUGCAUGUGCCAGCACACGGUCAGACAUGGCGAGACCUCGUGCAGCAUGAAACAUGCUGGCACAUCGUCGAUGCAUGCAGCAGACUCACGCAGUCGUGAGUCAUCAUCCAUGGACGCCAUGCAGCUGUCGUCGCUUCCCCUCCGGCCUCCGCUAUAUCGUCGCCGUGCUGCAUGGCUGCAGUUCACCAAGGCAUGAAGCAAGGAGGUGCAUGGGCGCGGGUUGCGUCUUGCAGGGCACGUCGCUAGUUCAGAUUGCGCGCCCAGAGAAGCUGCUGUACAGCCGUGACCUGUGCUGAUGCACGAUUUGCACUAGCCGGCGUUCGCCGUGAGCUGCCCGGCCAGGGCAGCACAGCCGCAGGGCGGCAGACCGAUCAACAACCUAUGCUGUGCGUUAGCGCUUGGCUUCGACCAGACAGGCACAAAAUCCCCCGGCCCUUUUCUUU